AUGCCUCAGACACCACCGGAUUCCACCUCCGCGGAGGAUAAGCCGAAUGUUGGGCAACCUGAACAGGCUGAGGCCGCGCCAGAAGAAACCUCGAGCUCAUCAGAGGCACCUGCGGAAAGCAAAGAAAAUGACGCUGCUGCUAAAGCACGGGAGAGGAUGGAAAGAUUCAAGGCCCUCAAAGCCCGGGCUAAAUCCGGCACAGAGCGCAACCUAAAAGAAACAGCCGCAGAGACCCAACGCCUAGCUACCGACCCUGGACUGCUAAAUUCGAUCUCCCGCAAGCACGCCUUCGCCUCUCACAAUCUACUCAAAGCAGACACUGAAGCGGCCGGUGAAGAUUUCGAACGGAAGCGCGCCUGGGACUGGACCAUUGAUGAGUCGGAGAAGUGGGACCGACGCAUGGAGAAGAAACAGCGCCACCGCGACGAUGUCGCAUUCCAGGACUACACGCAAGAUGCCCGUAAGGUGUACGAGAGACAGCUGCGCGAGCUUGCACCGGACCUCGAAGCAUAUGAGAAGGAGAAGCUUGCCGCUAUCGAGAAGGCAGCUGCCAAUGGCGAUCUGGAAAUUGUUGAGACGGAAGAUGGCGAAAUGAUUGCGAUCGACAAGAAUGGCAGCUUCUACUCGACAGCGGACAGCGUGGGUUUUGCUGACAACAAGCCCAGUCGCGCUAAUGUGGACAAGCUGGUGAAUGAUCUCCGGAAGGCGGAGGAGGUUCGCCUGAAGAAGCGCAAGGAGCGUCAUGGAGACGAGGAGGCCGAUGUGACAUACAUCAACGAGAAGAACAAGCAGUUCAACCAGAAGCUGGCUCGGUUCUACAACAAGUACACAACCGAGAUUCGGGACAGCUUCGAGCGUGGUACAAUGAUCUAA